UUAUUAUUGUGUUGGCCGUUCUCUUUGUUUCUUUGCCAUUGCCUACACUCUGCUUCUUCUUUUACAGGUUUUACCAUUACACUUUCAACUCUUGUACAUGCAAACAGUCAUUUGAUUCUAUUCACUUCCACUUAACAAAAUUACAUAUGUUGUUCACUUAUGCAUAGAAACUGAUCAUCCUGUUCUACCUAGCUAGCUACCAGGAAGUUUUUCAAGCUCGAUUCUAAUGGAGUCCAAGCCACCUCAAGACCCACCCAGGAAGCUUAAGUUUAAGCCUAAAGCUCCUCAGCGGAGGCCGCCAAAGGCUGAAGUUAAAAGUGAAAAGGCUGAAGAGGAGGAUGCUGCUCAGGCUAUGAAGUUAAUGAAGCAGUUUCAUGAAAGGUCUAUCAAGGGAAAGCCUAAAAUUGAAAAGAAAGUGCACGGUUCCCAAAUUGCAUUUGGUUUUGGAGCUGCAUCGUCUAACAUAAAAAUGUAUGGUGUCCCCAAAGGUGGUGCUUCAGUUAACCAAAAUCAAGGUUCAUCUAUCGGUGGUCCUGCUUAUUCGUCAGGAUUUGGAGAGAAAGAGUAUGUGGAACCAUGGAAUUAUUACAGUUAUUACCCAGUCACUCUUCCUUUGAGGAGGCCAUAUUCAGGCGAUCCAGCUAUACUUGAUGCGGAGGAAUUUGGAGAGGCUUUCGAUGAUGUGGAAUAUGACGAAAAUUCUAUAAAUGCAGCAGCAGAUCUUGGUUUAAUGGAGGAGAAUGUUGAGCCAAGUAUGUUGUUUCUUCAGUUACCGCCGACAGUGCCUAUGGUAAAGCAAUCAGCUACUGCAGCAGAUGGCCAUAAUGUGAACGGAGGAAAGACCUGUAAAUUAGAAGAUUCACCAGGUGGCUACAUGGGUAAAAUGCUAGUUUACAAGAGUGGUGCAGUUAAGCUGAAACUUGGUGACACCCUUUUUGAUGUCUCCCCAGGUUUAGACUGUGCUUUUGCUCAAGAUGUUGCAGUUGUUGAUACAACGCAGAAGCACUGUUGUGCUGUUGCAGAGAUUGACAAGCAUGUCAUAGUAACUCCUAACGUGGAUUCCAUUAUCAAUAGUAUUGCUGAUUUGUGAUAAUCAUUUCGCUGUUUAUCUAAAUAGGAAAUUUAUUAGUUUCGGUUUUUUCUCUCCCUAAAAUGAGGGUUAUAAGAGUUUUGCAUUUUCAUUUAUUUAACUCUCAAUUAGAAACAAUAAAAUAGGUGAAAAGUUUUUAUAUGGACUACUCUUUUAACAGAUAAUACGAAAUUUUGUGAUCUGUUUUUGCUGUCA